GGCCAAAUAGGCAAGAAGAAGACACAUAACAAACGAACGUAUUUUUUGCAUUGUAAAAGUGGAAUAAAGUAGAGUAAUUCUACGCUUCUGUUAACCACAGAGACGACCCAAGGACGGAAAACAAUGAUCCCGCUGCCGCUUCAAACCACAGAAUAAAUAUUAAGCUGUCAUUAAUCGCAUGGGAUUGGCGGCAACAUGGAUCCACAAAAAAUCACCGAGUUAGCCAACCUGAUGCGCCAGAACGGCGACAAAAUACUUAGCUCGGAGUUUACCCUAACGUUAUCAGGUUCCCUUUUGAGGGCGCUGAACGACUCCUUCACUUUGAUUGCGGACACUGAGAUCGGCGCUGGCGCUGGCUCCCAUUCCCAGAAUCAGCUGUCCUUUCAGGUGGUGAAAUCCAUCAAUGCCAAGUCCAGCGUCUUUCCCGACCUGCAGCUGCUGCACGACUUUGUGCAAAAGACCACGCUGCUCAAGCUUACCUACUUUCCUAGCGAGCUGCACUUCGAGGGCGCCAUUGACAUAGCCAAGUUUAGGGCUUUGAGGCGACUGGAAGUGCACAAGAUCAAUAUUGGCCAGGUGGUCGGCAUUCAGCCAUUGCGCGGUCAGCUACAGCAUUUGAUCUGCAUCAAGAGCUUGGCCAGUGUGGACGACAUAAUCACGCGCUGCGGCGGCGAUAACUCUAAUGGCUUCGUGUGGAACGAGUUGAAAUCGGCGGACUUCAGCUACAACAGCUUGCGCAGUGUAGACACGGCUCUGGAGUUCGCUCAGCACCUGCAGCAUCUAAGCUUGAGGCACAACAAGCUGACCAGCGUGGCCGCUAUCAAAUGGCUGCCCCAUCUAAAGACCUUGGACAUAAGCUACAAUUGCCUCACGCAUGUGCCGCAGUUCCACAUGGAAGCCUGUAAGCGGCUGCAGCUCCUAAACAUCAGCAACAACUAUGUCGAAGAGCUCUUAGAUGUGGCAAAGCUGGACGCAUUAAACCAUCUGGAUUUGUCAGAUAACUGUCUGCUGGAGCACUCGCAACUGCUGCCGCUAAGUGCUCUGGUUACACUGACCAUAUUGAUCCUACAAGGAAAUCCAAUGGCCUGCAAUCCAAAGCAUCGGCAGGCGACGGCGCAGUAUCUGCACAAGAACUGUGCCACUGUGAAGUUUAUUCUGGACUUUGAGCCACUUUCAAAGGCGGAAAAGAGCCUGACAGGCAGUCAAAAGUGGCGAUACAUUGGAUCGCUUAACAACCAUCGACUGCCCAGGAGUAGCUCUGUAUCUAUUAAUAGCUCCAGUGCUUCAAUUAACACCAGCGAUGGCUCUCAAUUCUCCAGCUUUGGCUCUCAGCGUUCCGUCUCGAUCAGGGGCAAGGAUUACUCAUCGGAGGCGGAACAGUCUGAGACCAUGGACACCUCGCAGAUCUCUAGAAAAAGUUCUAGUCGCAUUCGGACAGUGGAAAUAGAGGAGCAGUCAGAACCCGGAGAUGUCGUCGCUCCCAAGGCUCAAGUCGUAGCGAUCAGGCCAGAGAAUACAACCGAUUCAUCACAUUUGGAAACGAAAAAACAAAUCGAAACGCUACGCUUCACAUACGGCAACGAGUGGCUAAAAACUGGCAAAGCCGAAUUAAUGUUAGGCAUGGAGCCCACCGAGGCGGAGCGCAACGAGGCCCGCCAGCAGUUUAACGAGUUCUUCAGUGAGCUUUCCACCUCACCGCCAGCGGAGGUUUUCAGCUCGACACCGACAAACACAACUCAACAAGUGAGUUCCCAUAUCGAUAGUACUCUGACCCCCAUCAAGCCGGAUGCGGAAGCAAACGACUCUGCUGAGAAAACUCUAUACGAGACCUGCGACGAGAGUGAGGAGACCAAGUACGAGAGCAUUAACAAUAUCACUAUUGAUUCAACACCAACGGCAAAGGAGGAGCCACCGCUUGACAAGCAUACCGAGUUGUUAAAUCUAUAUGCGAGCAGUUCGAAUACUGCCGAAGAUGAAGAUCCAGUAUCUGACGCGGAACCCGACGAGGAGACAUAUAUUGUGUAUCAUGAGCAAAAGCCCAGCGAGGCCUUGUUCCUAACCAUAUCCUCAAACUUUAUUCGUGAAAAGGAUACUUUGAGUGAAAGGACCAAAACCAAAUGGAGUCUGAAAAUAUUGGAGUCAUGUGAGCGCUUGAAAUCGAAUACUUUGCGAAUUAACUUUGACACAAUGCGUAAGGAUAAACAGGAGCGUAUAUAUUGUGUGGAGAAUACAUUGUGUCAGGAAUUGGAAAAGAAACUGCGCGACAUUCUCGCUCAGCGCGAUCUCACUGAUAUGAACAUAACCAUAUAUCGCUGUGUGAAUUGUCUAAUUCAGUUCACCAUUGAGCAGAAGAGCAAGCGAUAUAAAAAGGAUGAUUUGCGUUGUCCUGACUGCCGCAGCGUGUAUGUGGCUGAGGUCACAGAUUUAUCAACAUCCUUAGAUAAAGCAUCGCUGGAAGUGGCAUCAGAGCCAAAAAUUUCGCCAGCUUUGAUCGUAGAGGAGAUGGCAGUGAGGCAACAGCCUAUAGUGGCGGCGACAGCGGCCAGCAAGGAGGAUAGCAAUAGCAUUGUGGCGAGCCAAAGCAGGGUAACAAACGCUAAAAAUACACCCAAGCGUAGGACCACAAUAAGAAGCUCGGCCAACUCACUGAACGAAAGCAGUUCGUGCUCGAAAAUAAGCAACUCACAGAGCUCCUUCGACUCCAACCAGUCGGUGGUGGGUAGCUCGAACACGGAUCGUGAUCUGGAGUUUCGGGCCAACGAGAGCGAUGUGGACAUUAUCUCCAACCCGAGCCAGUCCAGCAUAGAGGUGCUAGAUCCCAACUGUGUGCAAAGUGCAAGCCGCAAGACAUCUAUGGAGCCUCAGCCGGAGUUAGGCAGCGAUAAUGUGAUAGUGCAAUCGCAGAGCUUCAUCGAAAGAGAGUUUGCCCAACUAAGAGCGGAGCAGGCACCCCCAGCAGCGGCUACAUCAGCUCCCGCUGUGGCACACAUCCAGUUGACAGAGAGCAGUUCCUCGGGUUCCGUAACGGACAGCAUAUGCACCAGCUACGAGCAGCAGAGCAAGGAUAAGCAGAACUCUCAGCUCACCGAAUCAUUGGGAGGCAACCACACAGAGGCUCUCCCUGAAUCCUCCUCCAAUGGCAGCCUCUCGGGUCUCAAAUCCGUCUUCCAAUCAACGAAUCUACUGAUGUCCAGCUCCAAGAAGCUGAUUGAUUCAGCAGAAGCCACUCAACCCUACAAAUUCAACUAUACUAACUUCAACGAGAUAGAUCAUCGUUUGAAACUUUACUUUUAUCAGUGUAAGUUCAAGGAGCAAGGAGAGCACUUCACAUGGCUGGCCAAGGGUUACAUCUACAACGAAUCAACCCAGUCCCUGGGCCAAGGGAUUGUGGUGGUGUCCACCAGUAAAUUGUACCUCAUGGACUCCUUCGCCCCGCCCCAAGACGAUGUGUCCAAGUGGCUAAGGCAGGUUGUCUGUGUGCCUUUGGAUCGGCUAAUGGCCAUAGAAAUGCUGCCCUGGAAAAUGGGUUUCUCAUUUUCUCUGAAAGAUUGGGGAGUAUUUUUGUUGUUUCUGCACGACAUGCUAAGGACAGAAAGCCUACUUCUUAACUUGCAACAAAACAAUCUGCCAGAGCAGUGUCAAUUGAUGACCCAAUCCCCAACCAAUCAGUUGCAAUCUAUAGCCUCCAGUGAGCCGUUAAAAAUGUGUGCCCUGCUGCCGAGCUGCCAGUGGAGUUGUGACCAGCAGAAGAAAAGCUUUGCGCCCUGCUUACUUUUAAUCACAGAGUCGCAUUUGUACCUAUCAGGGAAUGGAAAAUUCGGAUGGCUUUCAGAAAAAAGUCCGGAGAAGGCCACACCCGAAAUAAGUCUCACCCAACCCAUGAGCAAUUUGGUGGACGUGGAACCUGCUACGGACGAAAAGUAUCUUAUCAACUUUAUUGACGAUACGGAAAGUAAGUGCGAGAUCUGGCAGUUGGACUUCGAAACUCAUGACAAUGCCGAACGCUGUUUAAAUGCCAUUGGUCAGGGCUGGGAGAAGCUCUUUGGUGUGCCAUUCAGCUACUCGGGAACGUAGCGAAGAAGGGACCAAUUCUAGGCUAGACCCCCACGCCAUCCUCCAAAAUGGACUAUGUUAUCUAAAUCCGAUAAGCUUUAUCAAAUUGUUUUUUUAGCUAGGUCUUUUAAGUAUGAACAAUAUAAGAGACAUGGUGCUUACUACGAAACAAGUGUAUAUAUGUAUUAAUGAGUGUAAUCUAUUAUAAUGAUGGUUAUUAAUUAUUAAAGCUU